UUUAAUGAAUAUUUUGGAUCACCUUCAGGGACGUCGUCGUGCCCUUGAUGUUGGCAGCGGCCUCCCUUUCCGUGUUUCAUCUAUUGAUGAUCCCAGUGUUCCCUUAGGUCCUUUGUACGCGAGGAAGUUAAAACACUACUCGCGUUUGGACGUUCACCGUGGGUGUGUAAAUCGUUUACGAUGGCACGUGGAUGGUAACAUCUUGGCGUCGGUCAGCGACGACCUUACUAUUGCUUUGACGAAUGUGCACGAGUCGGAUGCUUCAUCGGUGGAUACCGAAGAGCCUAUGCAUAGUCAAUCUACUAGCAUACCAACUGAUCACACUGGUAACAUCUUUGGUGUUGCGUUUCUUGAUCGUGGGUUUCGUAUUGCUACUGGAGCUCGUGACUCUAAGGUCUGUAUAAAUGAUGUCCACCAUCGUCGUAGCAUUAGCUGUUACAGCUGUCAUCGUGGUAGUGUGAAGCAAAUCCUGAAUGACCACAGAUCGGAUUUUGUUUUUUACAGUGCUGGUUACGAUGGCACGGUACGUCAAUUUGAUGUUCGUGAGCACCACCAUUGCGAGCGUAACUGUCGCAAUGUCAUUAUCAACAUGUCCCAGGCUAAUGAUCGGCGUUUAGUGAAUCCACUAAGGCGGAAGCAUUCAUGGGCUACUGUUGUGAAUGGCAUGGCCCCCGCUGCGGCUUCUGCGUGGGUUGACACUGCAUAUCGUGAAUCGCAAUGGGCUGCUCAGGCCUAUGACGGCACUGAAGUGAAAGCCAUAGCUUUGAAUCCAGUGCAACCUGAGUUGUUGGCGGUUGCCGCUUCGGAUACUUUGGUUCGUGUUUUUGAUCGUCGUAAGCUUUCCCUGGGUCAUGCGUCCAAUGAUGGUAUUAGUGUAAAUUUCACCAUGCCUAUAUUAGACCAAAUAUACAUGCCGAAGCACUUUUGGUCUGACCAGAAUAACAAAUUUGCUACUUAUUUAGCAUGGUCUCCAAAUGGCGAGCGUUUAGCUGUGACCUAUGAGGGUGAGCAUGUAUAUUUAUUUGACCGUCAUUUUAAUAGCGUUGGCGGCAUCGACGUUUCGCGCUCUGUUGUUGGUGUAUGUAACUUUGACGUAGAAGACGAUGUGGAUCACCUGACAUUUCGUAUACGUGAUAUGGAGACUCACUAUGCCAAAUGUUAUGAUGUAGCCUGUGCUCAGCGGAAUCUACCUCGGUUGAUUUAUUUGUUAUUAUAUCGUGACCAUAUGGGCGAUGCUCUACUAUGUGAAACCAUGGCUAGGGCAGCUUUUAGUUUAAAUCCUCAGGAUCCUGUUCUAUUAUUUCGUCGCAUUCAGGCCAACUUACGCUUAGACAACUACUACUUGGCUCGUACAUUAUGUACUAGGGGUGCGCGUUUAUUUCCGAGGCAUGCUAAUGAUUUCAUUCACAUUCGUAACCUUUGUCUGCUGCUAUCGAAUAAGGAUCGUCUGGAGGGCUCUAGUCACCAGAUAACCACGGCAUUGAAGUCGAUAUGCAGUUCACGGCACAUUACCUCGCCAAAGACCGACCUUGGUUUGAAGGAUAUGGAUGAAUCUAGUAAUCAUGACAGUGAUGGCAGUGAUGAUGACUUCCACUGUUCCAAUUUUGCCACAUUCCGUUACUCCAUUGCCUGUUGGCGUCGUUGGCCCAAACCUGAAACAUGUCUAGAGAUAGACGAGCAUCUUCGUGCUAGUGACUCUGAUAUACACUUUGAUGACAGUGCCAGUGAGCCGGAUUCCGAUGACGAGAGUCACACUCUUGAAUUUAGCCACCAGAUGACUAUGGACAAUCAAAAUACGUUUACUUACAGUGUUCGUGGUACUAUGGAUUACCCACCUGCAGAUCGCAUGUUAAACAUGCAUCAUUACUUCAGUUAUGACGCUCCUGAGAUGGGUUCGCAUGAUUAUCGUCAAGAUCUACUUUAUGAGCAAUAUCCUAUCCCUUACAUGGACGAGCAUGCUUUGUACAAGUGCAUUGAAGCGCCUUCAUGGCGACCACGUUCCGGUUGUUUACGUUUUUGGGGUCACUGUAACUUUGGCACCGAUAUUGCUGAGGUAAAUUUUUGGGGUAAUGACGUGCUUGUCAGUGGUAGUGCUGACGGCACAGUUUACCUUUACGAUGUAGACACUGGCCACAUUUUGGAUAUCAUCAAGGCUCACAAUGAGAAUGUAAAUUGUGUCCAGGUUAAUUCUCAGGGCACUUUGUUAGCCACCAGUGGCAUUGACCACCACAUUCAGGUUUGGAGUCCCUACGGAGAAUUGAACCGUAUAACGGAAAACGACAUUGACAACUCUAUCUCUAACGUGCAAACAUAUUACAAUGAGCAUUCACAACCACUAUCAUACAGCAUAGCUGAAUUAAGGUAUCAACAACGUUCUCCACGACGUGCUAAGGACACUGCAGAACCCUAACGACACUGG